AUGGCGGGCUGGGUCCGGGCCGCCUCCUUCCCUGACAGCGACGCCUCCCGGGCAUCAGCUGAUCGCAGGGCCCGUCGCGGGCUCCCUGCUCCCGCUGGACAGUCGGCACCUCGAGAGCAGGGCUCUGAUGCCUUCAGGGAUCCCGGCACAGACGGGGUCACUCUGGGCUGCUUCAGGUUUAUUGACGACACGCGUGGAGGUGCCUCCCUUCUGCGCUCCCCCACUGCGUCUGCAGUCUUCCAGGAAGAGGCCGAUAUAAUCGCUGAGUUGGCUCAUCGAGGCUGGUAUCACCCUGGCGGUUCUACAGGACGAGCCUGCUGCUUCCAGGGCCCAGAAGGGCCUGCCCCAGAGCCCGGACCUGGCCGGGCUCCUGUUACCCGCCCUGUACUAUUGUUCCUGCCGGGCACCAGGCCCUGCCCCUCGCACUCUCCUCCUCUCCCGCCCCACCCUCUGGCCCAAACAUCACCUCACGCCCAGACCCAGCCCCUCUCCAGUUCCCCAGACGCCAGCCUUGCUCAUCCCUGGGGCAGGAUGGGGUGCCAGGACCCCCGGCAGUUGCCCACUCCCCACCCUCCACACACACACCUCAAGCUUCAUCAAUGCCAGGUGCCCCGGACUUGGUACAGGUUUGAUUUCCAAAACCACGUGUCUUGGCUGUGUGGCCUCGGGCAAGUCCCUUUACGUCUCUGAGCCUCGAUUCCCAUGCAAGGUGUCGUGGCCCCCGUGCCGUGCUGUUAAACCAUAGAAAGUGCCGGGCGGGGUACCCGGCACGCUGGAGGUGUUCAGGAAAUGGGUUUCCGACUCUUCCCCAGCAUGAUCUGUUCUCCCGGGGCCUGUGGGAAAGAAAGAAGCUGUGGAAUCUUCAGCUCGCCCAUCUAACAGUAAUCAGCGUGCAAUCAUCAUGCUCAACAUGCAGCCCGAAUUGUUCACUUGUGAAAUGGGUUCCAGCCUCGAAGCUCUCCCGUCAGCCGGCUCUGGGCUCCUGGCUCAGGGGGGCGGCUGGCUCGAGUACCGGGGUCCGGGGCUCUG